AAAAAAAGUAACAUUUCUUACUCUUUUUCUAUUCCUUAAUACGUUCCUUACUUCUUUGUCUCUCUGUCUGUUACUGUGAAGCUUCUUUAUCUGAGUAGUUUUCUUUUUUACUCUUCCUCCAUGACCAUCACCAACUUUUCUAUAUAUAUGGUGUUUGUGUGUCCACGCUCAGCAGCUUCAAAAGAUAUUAAAUUUUGAAAAAAAAAAAAAAAACUUUCAUAUUGACUCAUCUGCUGCUUCAACCUCAUGGAAGAGUAUAAUUAUUAUUCGAGGAACAAUAUACCUGCAUUUGGGAGCUGGGACUGGAAGGAUGAUCUUCCUUUCACUCAGUGUUUUGAAUCUGCUAGAGAAGGUGGGUUGAUUCGUUACAGUUACUCAGAGGAUCGGGAUUUAUAUGUUGCUGGUGAUUUGUAUGAGAAUGAUGUGGUAACGCCGGCCAUGAUUGUUGUUCCUCGCCGGAGGGCAAAAGUACGUCAAUCCCGUGUCAAAGAAGAGAGAAAAAAGCAGCAGAAAAGUUGGGUGGUUAAUGACAUGAAAGAACCACCGAGCCCCACCGCUCCUCCUCAACCAAAUCCUGCGAAGGCCAGGCCAACACCUAAGCCUGUUGACGAAGACUUGUACACACUGUCACCACAGCUUCUCUACGCAAAGCCCAACAAGGCAUGCAUGCAUGCCCUAAGCUUCUUUUGGAGAAAUACUUAUUUAAAAUUCGAAGAGAGGGUUGUGCUUCUUUUCAAGCUGCUUGCUGCCAAAUUGCGUAUUGUGAAGCUUGUAGGAGAAGUACAUAGCCGGGAGUGCGAAGAAUAUACUUAAAAAAGAAAAAGCACUAAAUUGAUAUUUUUAAUUUUAUGCACUUGUUGGGUUUCCACUAUAAUAUCUAAGUGAAGGAUUUUAUUGUAAUUUUUCUCUUUUGGGCCAUUAUUCUCCUGGCACUGGCAAAUGACAAA